AUGAACCGCGUCCUCCUUGAUCGUCUCUUUCCUUUUGUUCGAGCGCAGGUUCCGGAACAAGUCGAGUUCUCGCUGAGCGAGCACGGUACGGGUCGUUGUUUCGCUUUUACACCGCUCUACGGGAACGUUCUUGCAGUCGGACUCGCUGACGGCACCAUUGCGUUAUAUGACCUCGUAACGAGAGCGCUUGCCAAAAAGCUCUACGGACACACGAGCGACGUGUUCUCGCUAAGCUUUGUGCCACGCUCUACCUGGCUGUUGAGUACGUCUCUGGACGGCAGCCUGCGCCUUUGGGAUGUAUCUCAGCUGCGCUGCAUUGUCUGCGUGCGCUUCGAGGCACAACUUGCGAGAGCUUCCGCACAUCCACGCUUUCGGCAGAAUCGCCUGUGUUGCGUCUCACAGACUGGCCAACCGGUUCUUCUGGUACAGCUGCCUGUCGAACCAGGAGAGUACCAUGUGACUCAGUGCCCGUCUGUUUGGGUGCUGUGGUCGGGCCCCGCAUCCACGCUGACGAUGAGUGCGCAGGAGCGGACUCCGACUGAGACUUUACAAGUACCGGAGUGUGCACACGUCCAUGCUUCAGACACCGAGGACGGCAACUCGGUCUGUACGCGGAACUCGGAUGCGCUCCCACCGGUACCUGAACGUGCACCACUGCUUCGAGAGCUCGGUACGCACGGCGCUGUGGAGUUGCCGCCGACGCUGACGGGAAGCAUCACGAUGCCAGUAGCGUACUUGGCUGCUGAAUUCGACCCCACUGGUGCCUACAUCAUCACACAUGCUGCAGAGCAACCUGGUCUCUUGAAGGUUUUCAAGAUCGAGCGCGCUACAGAGGCAGGCUCGGGUCCGAGGCUCACCGUUCACUGUUCCGCAUCGUUCGCACUGCCGCCCCGUGCAUUCGUGAAACAAAUACAAUUUGCUGAACGAGGGGACCUGUUCCUGGUUGUGGCGCAUGAUCGAAUUGUUCGGGUUUUUGAGUGGAAACCGUUCGAACCGAACAAAGUAAGACUCUGGCGAGAGCUGAAAGAUCGCGUUUCCUCAGUACAAUGGCGAUGGGCUGCAUUCGCGAGCCACGACGAAUUUCUAGUUGCUGGAACAGCGGCAAGCGCUGACCAUCGCCUCUAUAUUUGGGAUCUGAAGGCGAAUCAAUUAGUGAAACAAUUGGAUGGGCGCCCCAAAGAGUCCCUCAGUAUGCUAGCGUACCAUGCGAAUCUUCAUGCACUGCUAGUCCUGGUGUAUCAGAGUGGCUCCAUUCUUGUCUAUCACAAGACCGUAGCGGAGAACUGGAGUGCAUACGCACCAUCAUUUCGAGAAGUAUCUGAAAAUGUCGAGUAUGUGGAGGCAGAGGAUGAAUUCGACUUUGACCCCGACGGGAGCAGCGUAUAUGAUCGCCGUCGUCGCAAACAUUUCGCUCCAGCUGAUGAGGAUGCUACCGUGGUCGACAUAACCGGGAGGCUCCCCGAUUCUGAUCCUGGAUACCAGCGAUUCGCGGAAGCCGGCUGGAACGCGUCGUCAUCGUCGUCCAUGUCGUCGUCCAAUGAGGAGCUGCUCUGUCUACCGGUAGACAUCCCGCUGGAUCUACCUCCGUUAGCAUCAGAGGCUUCCUGGAUCGGCGAGUAUCGCGCGCUACGCAGACACGAAUCGGAACAGCAAAGCUGCAGCGCAACGACGCUUCGACAAGACGAUGCGUCGGCAGGUACCUCAAGUCAGGCAGUCAUGCGCACUGUACGUGAUGAUCCUGCCGGCCAGCUGGCCAAAUAG